AUGGCCGGUAUAUUCUUUGAUUUACUUUGCAUUGGUCAAAUUCGCCUGAAAAAAUACCAAAUUUUGCAGAAAACUCGUCUCGGCUGGGUGGUAUCUGGAGGUCGAGGUAUAUCGUCGAAGCUAUUCCCACUUACAACUACAGCAACAAAUUCACUAGAUUCGGAAACCGAUCAUCGAUGCACUAAUGACAUAGUGCGGUCAUUUUGGGAAAUAGACAACAGCUUUGAACCUAUUCGGAGAGCAACGAAGGAGAAAAUCGAUUGCGAAGCUUACUUCAAUGCAAACUAUAGUCGCAUGGCGACAGGCGAAUAUUCGGUUCGGCUGCCCGUAAAGCCCAGCGUACACCUACUUGGGGAUUCAUACCAGCAGCUGUUGCGGCGGUUCCUGACUCUUGAAAGACGUCUUCAACUUAAUGAUGAUUUGAAAUCACUAUACGUAUCAUUUAUGAAAGAGGAUUGCGAGCUUCAACAAAUGUCUCCUAUAUCGAAGCCGCCGCCAUCGGUCCCCACAUAUUUCAUGCCUAACCAUUGCGUGCUCAAGAACGAAAGCACAACAACAAAACUUAGGGUAGUCUUCGACGGAUCAGCACUGACAACAACUGGUUAUUCGUUAAACGAAGUAUUAGUGAUGGGUCCAACCAUACAGGAAAAACUAGCCGACACCCUAAUUCAUUUUCGCUCACAUUCGGUUGCCCUAACAGGGGACAUUU